AUGUCGUUUGUUCAAGAGAGACAAAGGCGUCCAAAUGCUGGUAGUCGAAUGCAAGCAUUACUUAAUCAAGAGGUUGAGAUGGAGGAAUUAUUUGAACAUGAAGAAAAUGAAGAAGAGGAUGAAGAAUUUAUUAGCAAAGUUGAAGAAGAGGAAGAAGAUAAAUUGGAUUCCGAUUUUGAUCUCGAGUCUUCUGAAGGCGAACAAGAAUAUGUUGAGGAAGGAAAACAAAUGGAUAAAGCACUUGCUCAGGCUGAAAGAAAAACACGUAGAACAACUAUAUUCAAACCUCCAGUAUCAACAGGCAAUACAGUAAAAAAAUCUACUGAAACAAAGAAAAGGAAAUUAAAAAACACUAUUCCUGAAGAGGAGCGUAGUACGCGAUACUCAUCUAGAAAAAAUACAGUAUUAAAUCGAAUACUUGUCGAAGACCAAAUUAGAGAAUAUAAAAGGAAAAAGGCAUUACAACCUAAAAAAGAUAAGCCUGUGGUUAACAAGUUAACACAAGAAGAGCUUUUAGCAGAGGCAGCUAUUACAGAAGAAAAAAACAAAAAUUCUUUAUUAGAGUGGCAGCAAAAGGAAGCAGAGAGAAAAGAAAAUGCAAAAAAAAAAGAUAAGAAGGAGAUUACAGGACCUUUUGUAAGAUAUUACUCAUUUAAAGAAAGUUUACCGCAACAAGAACAAUCUGAAGACUUGAAUGAGAAUGAAUGGAUGGGAAGAAAUCUUAUAUCGUUUGUAUCCGAGAAGAAUGAAGAUGUAACACAAAGUCAUUUAUCGUCAUUAGAUAAAGACAUGACAGAUCUUGAUAAAAGUUUGGAAUAUAUGGAUUUAAUUGAAGAAUUGAAUGGUUGGCUUACGAAAGCCCCAAAACCGAGUAAACCAGUACUAUGUUUAGUUACUGGUAACCAUGCUAAAUAUCGAGAUCCACGUACAAAUGUGCCUUACUCAAAUAGAGAAGCUUAUAAUAUAAUACAAGAUUGUUUACACCAUAAAACAAAUUGGUCUUCUACUUAUGGUCUAUAUUUAGGAAAUUUGCCUUCAGCAAACGGAGUACCAGAUGAAUGGCAGUCAAUGAUUUAA